AUGUCAACACUUGAGCAACGUUUUUGGUUGGCAACCUUGCUGUUCCUCGUGAGUCAGCAUUGCGGAGUCUACGGAUUCGGAAUCAAUCUGAUGAAGGUGCCAACCGAGGACAAAGGACAGGAAGCUUGCAUCCUUGCUUUGCUACGGAAAUAUUUCGAUUCCGGGGAUGGACUCUCCGGCUCUGUACUUUGCAUCAAUCGAAACUAUCAGUUGCCCAAUAUUCAAGAGCAGUUGCUAAGAGGCAUGAACACGUUCGCAAAUUAUCCUUGGAGUCUUGUGAUUACAAACUCCCGGGAGGGUCCUUCGUCAUCAAAGUUCCUUAUGAACGAGAAACCGCAGUGCUAUUUUAUAAUUGUCGAGAGUCUAGACGAUGAAGAUUUGGAUGAGAUAUUCGAGCACUGGAAGAGCAUGCUGAACUGGAAUCCCCUGGCCCAAUUCGUGGUCUAUCUGGCCAGUUUGGAGGAAACCGACGAGGAGAUGACCGAUCUCAUGGUGGAACUUCUUCUCACCUUCAUGAACAAGAAGAUCUUCAAUGUGAAUGUUAUCGGGCAGAGCGAGGAAAACGAAUUCUUCUACGGAAAAACCGUGUUUCCCUAUCAUCCGGAUAAUAACUGCGGAAAUCGCGUGAUAUCUGUUGAGUUACUAGAUGCCUGUGAUUAUCCAGGUGAAGAAAAGGAAAAUAAGAAUGAAGAUUCCAGCGAGGGAGAAAGCGAUGGAAGUAAUGAGGAAGAGACUGAAAAUGAAAACAGUCAGGAAAAUGGUGAUGAUCAAGAUGGAUCGGAAGGUGAGGUUCCAAGAAAUAGCACGGAAAGUGAAUCAAGCCCAGAUAAUCAGGAAAACGACAAAAGCCAAGAACAGCAACAUAAUGAUUAUGAAAAUAAGAGUGAAGAAACAAAUGAGAAAAGUGGGAAUGAAAACUCACAUGAUAAAGAAGGUACUGUAUCAAGUCGAGAACAAGAAAAUGAUGAUUAUGAAAAUCGUAUAAAUAAAAGUGAAGAAGGAAAAGGAGGAAGUGAUCAACAAAAUUCAGAUGACGCUGCAAGUCAAGAAGAUAAUGAUAACCACGAUAACGAGAACCAUGAAAACAUAAAUAACGAUGAAGAAAGCAUAAAUUAUAACGAUAACUUACAAAUCCAAGAGGAUUAUAAUGAUAACUCACGGAACACAAAUAAUAAGAUAUCUUCAAAAACCAAAGAAAAUUUGUUGAGGGUUAUUAGAAAGGUUUCACUGAAUGACUAUUCUGAUAAUUCUCUUAGCGAUAGCAAUGAAAAUGUAUCCGAUACUACAACUGAAUCAAGCAUCGAUGAUCAAACUCAAAGAUCAUCGGAGAUUUUAAAUCAAGAUAAAACUUAUGAGUCCGCUGAAAGUGAAAGAGGCGAUGAGGAACUUGAGAACAGUUUGAGUUCCAACUCCUCAGAACCAGAGGCCACUAUCGAAGAAUUCUAUCGCGCCAAGUUCGAGGAUAAGUUCCCCCGUGAUCUCAGUGGAUGUCCUCUGACAGCCUCUUUUCGUCCUUGGGAACCAUAUAUAUUUCGCAACAGUGAGGAUGAGCCGGUGGAGGACUACUACUAUGGUCUGCAAGGGGAUGGGGAUGACUACAACGACACUGCGCCCAGUUACGGGGAAUCGGAGGACGAGGGCUACGGUGAUCCGGAAGAAGAGGGUGACAACACCAUCGCAGACACUGAAACCCAGUCCAGUGGAAAGGCCAAGUUGAGUGGCAUCGAGUACCAAAUGGUCCAGACCAUCGCAGAGCGUCUGCAUGUUAACAUCGAAAUGCAGAACGAAAAUAGCAAUUUGUAUCACCUUUUCCAACAGCUUAUCGAUGGGGAAAUCGAGAUGAUAGUGGGUGGAAUAGACGAAGAUCCGAGCAUCAGUCAGUUCGUUUCCAGUUCCAUUCCUUAUCACCAGGAUGAACUCACUUGGUGUGUGGCGAGGGCCAAGCGAAGGCAUGGUUUCUUUAACUUCGUGGCCACAUUCAAUGCUGAUGCCGGAUUCCUGAUAGGCCUCUUUGUGGUCACAUGUUCUCUGGUGGUUUUAGUGGCCCAACGCGUCUCUGGCUUUCGACUGCGCAAUCUCAAUGGAUAUUUCCCAAUUUGCCUGAGAGUUCUUGGUAUCCUGCUCAACCAGGCCAUUCCAAGUCAGAAUUUUCCCUUAACCUUAAGGCAACUCUUUGCGCUUUCCUUCCUGAUGGGCUUCUUCUUCAGCAAUACGUACCAAAGUUUUCUGAUCAGCACACUCACAACUCCACGUAGUUCGUAUCAGAUCCAGACUUUGGAGGAGAUCUACAGCAACCGGAUGACCAUCAUGGGCACCUCCGAUCAUGUUAGACAUCUUAACAAGGAAGGCGAGAUCUUCAAAUAUAUACGAGAAAAGUUCCAGAUGUGCUAUAAUCUAGUGGAUUGCCUCAAUGAUGCCGCUCAAAACGAACACAUCGCAGUGGCUGUUUCUAGACAACACUCCUUUUACAAUCCGCGAAUCCAAAGGGAUCGUCUUUUCUGCUUCGAUCGACGAGAAUCGCUGUAUGUUUAUCUAGUGACCAUGCUGCUACCGAAGAAAUAUCAUUUGCUGCACCAGAUAAACCCGGUGAUUCAACACAUCAUCGAAUCGGGUCACAUGCAAAAGUGGGCUCGUGAUCUGGACAUGCGACGCAUGAUCCACGAGGAGAUUACAAGGGUUCGCGAGGAUCCCUUCAAGGCUCUCACUUUUGAUCAGUUUCGAGGAGCUAUUGCCUUUUCUGGAGGUCUUUUGAUGGUGGCCAGUUGCGUUUUUGCCAUAGAGUUGUGCUACGUUAAAUGGUUCUUUCGAUCCAAAAGGAGAAGGAUGCCAAGAAAGCCACGUAAACAACCAUAG